AUGUUGAGUGUUUUCAGAUCUAAAAUGAAACGAACGCUUGGGUUCGGGAAGAUCGGAAUGAACCUCGGGAACCUGAAGCUGAACGAGAAGGAGGAAAAGGAGGAGGAGGAAAAGGAAAAGAUUGAUGAAGGAGGAGGAGGGUUUGGGAAAAUUAAUAAUCUUCUCGCCAACAAAACCGAGAAUAUCCCUGAGUACAAGGUGGAGAGCAGUGACGAGAUGGCCAAGGUGAUGGGGUUCCAAGGAUUCGGAAACAAGAAAGCACAAACCUUUGACGUCGAGACUAUGUUUGCGAGUGCAGCAAAAAGUGCCCAGGAAAUGAAUAUUCUGAAUAACCAGAGGUUAGAGGAUCAGGGCAGAAAGGAAUUAGAUAGUGAAUUCAUCAUUCCUACUAUGAGUAACAAGCCGAGGAAAAGUAUUGGAAGUGUGCAAGAGAAAGUUCGUGAAAGAGUGAGAGAAGAGAAAAAAGCGGAGAAUGAUAAAACCAAGAAGGAAGGAUCAGAUUCAGAUUCAGAUUCGGACAGUGACGAGGAAUCAAAAGGACCCCUACCUCCGACCUCCAGUUCCAAAAGUACCCCCGAGGUGGAGGACGAGGAUGAGGAUGAUGAAGAGGAGGAGGAGGUCAGCAUGGUUGACAAGAUCCCACGCUCCCACGAUAUUGAUCUCAAGCACGGGAUAAAACCGAUCACAGCGCUGUGUCUGGAUCCCUCUGGAGCCAGGGUUGUAAGUGGUGGAGUUGAUUAUGACCUGAAGUUGUGGGAUUUUGCCGGGAUGGAUCCGAGUUUACGAAGCUUUAGGAAGAUUCGUCCUUCCGAGUGUCAUGUCCUUAAUCAUCUAGAGUACUCUACUACCGGGGAUAAGAUCCUGGUUGUGUCAGGGAACAGUCAACCCAAGGUUCUGGACAGGGACGGAGGGGAGGUCUUCACAUGUGUCAAGGGUGAUCAGUAUGUGCUUGAUCAAUCCAGGAACAAGGGACAUACAGCUCAGGGAAACUCUGGAGCUUGGCACCCCAAGAUCAGGAGUGAGUUUAUGACGUGUGCCAACGACGCCACGGUGCGUCUCUGGAUGGUCGAAGACAACGGACGGAAAUCUAAACAGGUUAUAAAGUGUAGAAACAAGAAGACUGGAUUACGAGCAAAUCCUACUGCAUGCACCUACAGUAGGGAUGGACUUCUAGUGUGCGGAGUGUGUAUCGACGGCUCUAUAAAGAUGUGGGAUCAUAGGAAAAAUUUUAUAAAUGUGGCGUUAGAAAUGCAGGAUGCUCAUCAGACCGGAAGUGAAAUAACCUGUGUACAGUUUGGAUAUGAUAACAGGAUGGUGGCAACAAGGUUUAUAAAAUAUUAUUUUGGUACUAUGUUUGCGAGUGCAGCAAAAAGUGCCCAGGAAAUGAAUAUUCUGAAUAACCAGAGGUUAGAGGAUCAGGGCAGAAAGGAAUUAGGGUUGUUUAGUAGAGUUUCACAAUUUUAUAAAUAUUCAGGGUUGUUCAGUAGAUUUUCACAAACUGAAUGCUGUUUCUCUCCUGAUGAUAGAAUGAUCUUAACAGGAACGUCUAUGGAUAAGGGUGAGAGCUCUGGCAAGCUUGUAUUCCUGGAGAAAGAUACUUUCAAGAAAGCAUUUGAGAUGGAGGUCGGGAACAGUCACGUGAUCAAGGCGAGCUGGCAUCCUAAACUAAACCAGAUACUGGUCGGGUCAGGAGACGGGAUAGUCAGAGUAUUCUAUGACCCCGAGAAAUCAUUCCGUGGAGCCAAGUUGUGUAUGGUGAAGAAGAGAACUGAGGCUAAACAGAUCAACUACUUUGCCAACCAGAGGAUCAUCACCCCAUACGCUCUCCCACUCUUCAAGGAAGGAACAGAGAGACAGAAAUCCACCUACAGACAGCUUGUAAAAGAUAGAAAGGAUCCAUUGAAAUCCCGGAAUCCUGAUCCCCCUCAGCUGAUCAAGGGCACAGGAGGUAAAACCGCCCAGGGAGGAUCAACUCUACACUCCUUUAUGGCUAAACAGAUCGCCGUGAAAAACAAGGACGAUCAUAUCGAUCCCAGAGAGAGAAUUCUCAGACACGCUAAGGACUCUGAGGAAAAUCCGUAUUGGAUUGCACCGGCAUACAAGAAGACACAGCCUGUACCUAUAUUCAGAUCUACGACUGAGGAUGAGCCUCCAGAAAAACUGACAAAACGUGAAACAUUCGGUUGAACCUUAAUCCGUAUUAUUUUGAAUAAAGUAUUGAAGUUA